AUGCUGAUCGAGCAGGCGCACCUCGACUCUCCUGGCAGCCCCGACUACACCGGGGCCGACGACUUCACGGGCUGGGGCCCGGGCCGUGGCAGGGCCCUGGUCGCCCCAACUUUGGUCAAGCACGUGGCCGAGAAGGCUCGUGACAAGGCGUCUGUGCAUAAGGAGUUGCGCAAGCACAAUGAGGAGCUUCGUUUGAGGAAGCCGCCCAAAGGACGACGUCGGCUCACGGACGAGGUGAAUGAGAGCAUUUGGGCCCUCAACUGGCUCGUGGGUUCUUCCGCCGCCAAUGCCAAGUUUUCUUCUCUUGGGCAGCGGGCCGCCGUUGACCACCUGUACGAGACCAUCAAUUCUUUUCGGCCGCCACCUCAGGCGGUUUCAGACGAGGAAGCCACGCGUGCGCUUCUCGGCAGCAGAGUCCCUUAUGACGGGGACGAUGACUUGACAGUGGUUCCCUACGACCGUGCUCUGGUGUCUAUCCCCGGUGACGGGCGAGUUCCCGCGCCCCUCGCCGAGGUGUUGCCGCCGGACGCCGCAAAGAUGAUCGUAGAUUUCGACACCGACCUGCUCAAGGACGACAACCAGUGGGGAGCGGAGGUGGAGCGUGGUCUCGAGCACAUCGGUUAUUACAUGGACCCGCGGCUCCGCUUCAGCCGCCGCAGUUAUCUCAACUUCAUCGGGGACCUGUUCAGAGGCGGGCUUCUCGCCUGGCGACGGGCCGACCAAGUUCGAGGUAGGAUCUCGGUAUUUUUUGUACGAAAGAAGUCGGGCAAGCAGCGCCUCGUCGUCGACUGCAGACGCGUCAACGCCCGCUUCCGAGAGUGCCCCCACGCGCCGAUGGGUUCGGGAUCGUCCUGGGCCGACGUCGUGAUGGACACGGACACUGACAUGCAUCUCUCGCUUAGUGACGUGAAGGACUACUUUUACGCCUGCGGUCUGCCGCCGGGCCUCGAGAGCUUCUUUUGCCUCCCCGACAUCACUGGGGAGGAGCUGAAGGCGGUCACCCAGGGUGACCCCGCCUUUGGGUACUUGUGGGGCUCCACGGCGGUCGCCCCCGCUAUGAAGGCGAUGCCGAUGGGGUGGACUUGGAGUUUCUUCUUCGCGCAGGUCCUGCACGCUCACCAGGUCCACCAGAUCAGGCCCUGGUCGCCCGGCGCGGUCACGCAGGAUCGCGCCCCUCCGCCUCCGUUCAGGACGGGGACCGAGCUGGCUCUGCCCUACUGCGACAACUUCGUUGCGGCUGCCUCCUCUCUCGCACAGGCCGACGAUCUCCGAGAAGAUUGUAAGCGCCGGAUGACCUCGCUCGGUUUCGAGGUCCACGAGGAGGAGGCUGCCCGCCACUGGGCCGAGUCCUUGGGGUUCGCCAUCGACGGACUCACUGGGGAGCGUGAGCCGCCAGCGGAGCUCCGUGCUGCCGCUGCUCUGCUGCCCUUUGCACGGGCCAACAUGCGGCGGCCCUGGGCUUCGGAGGUGGAGGCGUUCGACGCCAGUCCUGCCGGCUGCGGGAUCAUGACGGCGGCCCUGCCAGAGGAGGUGGUCUCGGAGAUCGGGAAGGUCGAUGAGAGGCGGCGUUGCGCCUUCCAGUGCGAGCAACCUGGCGGGCCUCGUGAGCACGACCUCCGGGCGGCCCCUCCUGUCGAGGAGUGCUUCAGCAACGUUGAGUCCGUUGUCCCUCGCGACUGGUCUCGGCGACGGUGGCAGCCCGCGCAGGACUUCCCUGAGGGGCCCGCCGGCAGCCGCCCAGUCAAGGGGCCGCGGGUCUCACGGGUGCUGCAGGCGCCGCAUCGCCAGGCGUGCUCCGCCCCCCGCGACGGCAGCCAGGGGUCGCCGCCUCCGACGCACCGCCGCCUGGCGGGGGCCGCCUCAGCGCGGACGCUGCCCGCCAACGCCGAUCGGAGCCGCAAGCUGCAGAUCCUGGCGCGGCGGGCGCGGGCGAGGACCCGCCGAGCGGCCGUCGAGGCGGGGGACCGCGAGAUGCAGGAGGAGCUCGAGCUGAAGGGGAUCAUGGUGAGCCUCCUCGAGAUGAAGUCCGUCGGCAAGCAGUCGAUCCCUUACUAUCUCCAGAAGUUCAGGGACGAGGACGUGGACGAGGCUUUGGUGCAGCUGAUGGACCCGUUGUACUUGGAUGGGUGGCAGGUCGACCAGGGCGAGAAGCUGCUCGCGGCGGUGAAGCUCGGCAUCCCGCGCUUCUCCAGAGCGGGGCUAGGCGGCCUGCCGCGCGCGGCCCGCGCCCUCCGCGGCUUUCGGGAGGCCGCCCCCGUGGCCUGCCGCUUCGGGCUGCCGCGCGCGUGGGUCGUCGCGAUCAUCGCGGCGAUGCUCUGGCGCGGGAUGCUGGAGAGCGCCCGCCGGGUGGUGGCGAUGCACGAUGCGCACCUGCGCACUGGCGAGGCGACGCGGCUCCGGGCCGAGGACUUCGCCCCACCGGUCGGAGACCAUCGCGGCCACGAGCGCGGCGUGCUCAUCCUCGGCUCCUCGAGCGCCGGGGCCCCCACCAAGACGGGCGUGCUGGACGACACGGUCACCCUGUCGGACUGGGACUUUCCGACCAGCAAGAUACUGGGGCUUUUGAAGGCCCAGCGGGCCCCGCACGAGCCCUUGUUCGUCACGAAGCCCGCUGCCUUCAGGAAGGACUUCGAUCGGGCGUGCCUCGACCUCGGGCUCGACAAGCGGAACCUCACGAGCUACCAGCUGCGCCGCAGCGGCCCGAGCCGAGACGCCCUUCUCGGGCGCCGCACGCUUCCCGACAUCAUGAAGCGCGGCAGGUGGGCCACCCUCUCUUCGGUGAAGAGGUACGAGAGGCACGGAGUGAUGCAGAGGGCGCUGGCCAGCAGCCCGAAGGAGCUGCUCGACUUCGCCGCGGCUGUCGAGUCCUCCAUCGCGGGAGGCAGCUCGCCCGCGCUCUCGCUCGGAGCGGAGUCCCCGCCUACGACGUCGCCGAUGGCCCCGGUGCUGAUCUGUUGCGGCCAGUGGCGAGCGCGGCCUGUGCCGGCCGCGGCCAUGGCCCGCUGCCGCGGCCGCCCCUGCGCCCGGGGCGCGCUGGCCGCGGCGGCCGGCGCGGCCCUGGCGCUCCGAGCCGGGGGCCCGGCGUGGUCGCUGCGGCCGCGGCCGCGGCCCGCCCGGAGCAGCCACGGGAGCAGCGCCGUCGCCGCCCGCGCGGCGCGGCCCAGCGGGGCCUCCGCGGGCGGCGCCUUGAGCAGCACCGCGCCGGCACCGCGCGGGGAGCCCGCCGCGGCGGCCGCCGAGGGGUCGUCGCUCUGGGCGCCCGCCGUCGGAGAGCCCCAGGUGCGCUUCUCGCUCGGGGGCUCGCCGGAAGGAGGCCGUGGAGGCGUCUGGCCCGCGCCGCUGCAGGUGCCCGCGGGGGCCCCCGAGGGAGGCUGGGCGCCGCAGGAGCCAUCGCAGCACGUUCGGAGCGAUGUCCGCUCGCGCCCGGCGACCUCCGUGGCUCCCGGAGGGUCGCAGAUGCCGCCAGCGUUGCAGCGCAUGCAUCAGGAGGCGACGGACAGGGUCCUCCGAGGCUUCGGCCUGGGUCUUGCCAGGCUGACCGUCCACAUGCCGAUGGGCCUCGGAGACGGCAUCGUCGGCGCCAACGUGCUGGCAGCCAAGUGGCAGGUCCGCAAGCGCCCCGGAACACCCUUCCGCGCCCUCGUCCUGAUGCCCGCCUCGAUGAUGAGCGAGGCCGAGCUGGCAUACCGGAAAGCGGGCGGCGAUGGCAUGGUCGUGCUGCGCAUGGCGGAGGGGCCGCGCGGCUCCGACCAGGUCGCAACGGCGUUGACCCGUUGCCGUGGGCUGGUGGUGCUCACCUCUUACGAAAACGCGCGCUACGCGAAGAUGGCUUUUAGGCGUCUGCAGACGGAGGUUCUGGAUUUUGCUGUUUUCGAGAUGGCGCACCUCGCGCUGCAAAGUGGAUCGUCGGCCAGAGAAGCAGUCUUCGAGUGGAACAGGCUCAUGCAGCUGGGCCUCAUCGAGGCGCUCUUCGUCACCGCGCGCGCUCUGGAAGCGGCACCGGUGAGGGGCCUCGGGAACGCCACGAGAGAGAUGCCCGGGAUCCGCCCGUUCCGCGUGGUGUCGAGGAGGGGAGGCCCGUGCGGCCCCGAGGUGUUCACGGUGGACGCCGCGGAGGCCCGCAUGCGUGGCAUCACCGUGCCCGUGCGCCUGGUGCCGCUCGACAUCGAGGCGCCGAGCCUCGCCGGCGGGGCGGCGGGGCUGGCGCCGGCGCCGCUGCUGGCGCGGCUGCACGACGCGCUCGGCCUGCGAGCGAUCGAGGCGCUGCCAGGAGACGACGAGGCGGUGGCGCCUCUCGGCCAGGAGGUGCUGGACCUCACCAGCCGCAGGUGCGUGCUCGGCGCGGCCCGCGCCAACGCCGCCGGGCGCGGCGAGGGGCAGGCCACGCUGGGAAGCACGGAGGCCGAGGCGCUGCUCGUCCACGGGGACGCCCCCAGCGCGGACGCCAUCGCGCACGCGCUGGGCCGCGCCGCGUUCCGGACGCACGAGAAGCCAGCGCUGUACGUGCUGCUGCCGUGGCGCGCGCCGGCCGCGGUGGCCGUGUGGGCCGCCCUGGCGGCCAACGACGAGCAGGUGGAGCUCGCCCUGAGGGAGGCGGCCGUGGCGCGCGGGGGCACCCCCGCGGGCCUGGGCUGGGACCAGAUUCCCGCCCGCCUGCAAGACCUUUUCGCGCGCAGCGGCGAGCAGGCCAACGAGAAGCAGUUCCGGGCCUGGGCGGCUCAGGCCGUCAAUGUGGCCAUCGACCAGACGGCGUACGAGUGGGACGUGUGGUAUGGGAGGUUCCUGGAGUACCGCCGGGCUCACGGCGAGGGCGACGGGACUGCUCGCGCGGUGCCCGUAGACGCCAGCAUCCACGGGCACGAGGUCGGCCGUUGGGUGGCGCUGCAGCUCAUGGAGUGGCGCUGGGGGCUCCUGGACGCAACGAAAGAGCAGCUGCUGAGGGAUGGUGGCCUGUCCAUCCAGGAAGAGAUGGACCGAAACUUCGAGAGCGGCCUGGAGGAGUUCCAGCGUCACAGGGAGGACCAGAAGGGGGAUCCCCACAUCCCCCCUGGCCACAUUACAGCUUCGACUGGGUUUCCCCUCUGGUCUUGGUCGCUUUGCCAGCGUGCUGCGUGGCGAACAGGCCGACUGAGCGUCGAGAAGCAGUACCUCUUGGACGCGGUAGGCUUCCCACCAGUGGCCCACCCGGAAGGCGAGGCCGCUCGCGCAGUCACGUUGCGUCUCGAGAGGUCCUUGCGGGAUGCCUCCAGGAAGGACCUUGAACAUCGGGAGAGUGCGUUCCGCCACCUCGUUCUGGCCCACCACCCAGCGCACACGCGCGCUCAAUGGGCCGCGGCAGCCGCCCAUUUCCUCGCCGGGUACCGGAGCUGGUUUCUCAACCCUCCAGAGCCGCCCAUUGGUGCCGGCAAGUUCGAGUAAGAAUACGGGGAGAGUUCCAUAACAUCUUGUCACGAGAGAGUUCCAUAACAUCCUGUCCAAACGCGAGCCAGGCAUUGAAUUCCGCAUCCAUUUGGUCCUCACCAGAACUGCGUGCGUGAUGUUCUGGUUUGAUGCACGACUACGGCCAGCCUAUGGUCAUGUCAAGAGUGACACACCCCUGCAUCAAGUAUCACGUGAAGCAGGUGUAGGUUGUUAUAUCAUCACGCGGUGGACCGCGCGAGAGUGGCGUGUCGGUGACGCCAUCCGCGAUUCGAAAGACAGCAGCGCCACGACGGAGUGGUUCUCUGAUGGUGCACGACCCCUCGUCGCCCCCUCCAGAAUCAUCUCGCUCCCUCAACCUGCUCCGCUCCGCGGGGGAAGGGGAAUCUAGUGUGCAG